UGUAUUUCAGUUGCGUUCUGACAGAAUUAAAAGAUACACGCACGGCGCAGUGAAAAGAAAGAAUAACAUAAAAUAAAUAAUAAAAAAAUCAAAAAAGAGAAAAAUAAAGAAAAUAAAAAUAUUUAUAUUUUUUUAACAACAUACAGACAGACAUUAAAUAAACCAUCAUGUACUCGGAUUGAUUGGUUUGUUCAUACACACGUAAACAAAUAGACGAGAUACAUUUUGUGCGAGCGGAUAGAUAACUGAAUAUAUGGAUGAUAGUUGGAUUGCCAAAUAGAGAAAAGCUCUUUUGGCAAACCUGUCGGUACCGUAUCGAAAUAAUUGUUAUUAAAUAUUAUUAAGUUUUGUCACAUUAAAUACAUACUUGUAUGUAUAUCUAAAAUCAUAUCUGAUAAAUAUGUAUGUAUGCAGAUAUUUGCUGCUUGUCGGUCUACUGUAACAACUACAUACUUUGUAUAAAUAAUUUCUGUAUAUAAAUAAAUACUUCUGCUGCUGCGAGUAUUUUUGUAUACAUAUUUGUUGGUUUGUUUCUGAGCGUUCUUGUGAGUGUGUGCUUAUUAUUAUUCGUUGGUUAAAUUUUUCCAAGUUUAUUCACUGUGCCGUGCCGUCCGUGCUUUGCUAAGUUCGAUCCAACAUAUACAGCGUUCGAUGCUGACUGGUAGUGGUCGUUGUACGUUUGUAUAUAUCGUCAUUGUCAACAUCGGGGUCGGUAGUCGAUUGCUUUUACUUGACUGCUCACAAUACAAUUAUUGAGCACGGGUCGUCCGUCGGUCUCUUACUGGGUUUGCGAGUUUGAGUGUGUGAAUGCUUAAGGUAUUCUAAGAUUAUUACGCUCGCGGCGGCGGUGUAAAUAUUUGUGCGUUUGUUUGUUGUCUGUAUCUUUAGUGUGCACUGCGGUUUGAUUCGGAACGACAAAAACGAUUGUACUACAAACAGCUGGCACUUGAGAAUCUGUUGAUUCCAAAACUUAAGGUUAAUAAAUAAAUAUACAGUGUUGAAUAAAGAGAAUAAAAAAUACAACAACAAAAUUUGUAAAGAAAGUUUCGAUUAACGUUACAAAACCAAACGAAAAAAAUAACAAGAAAAUUGUUAAAAAAAAAGAAAAUUUAAUAAAGUGUUUAAUAAAAAAUACUACAACAAAAUUACUUAAAAUUAAUUUACCCACCAAAAUAUUUGCCCACCUCAAACGAUUUAACGCACAAAAACACAAAUUUCAACAAUUUCAUUAAUAAAUAAAAUAAACAAAAUAAAAACAAAGAAAAUGGAAUGCUCUGAUGUUUAAAUAAUAAGGGAAAAGGACGAGACCUGCCAUCAUGAAUGCAUAUUUAUGACUAGAUACUUUAUAAACCAAUAAAAUUGACUAUUCUUUAAAAAGGAAAUGUGAUUACAUAUCAUUUUAAAAUUUAUCACACACAUACACAUGAACACACACUAACACUUUUACAGACAUGAGCGGAAUAUGUGCAGAAAAAAUUUGAAAUUCAUCAUAAUUCAUGGUCAAUAUAAAAAUAGGGUUUCAUUCAUGUCAGAAAGUUCUAAAAAGGGAAAAAUAAGAAAUUCUAAAGAAAUCUCAAUUAUUAGAAUAGAAUACAACAAUAAUACAACGGAAAGACUAAAGUAUUUUACUUUUAGAGGACAUUAGUACAAUUAUCACGCAAUAGUUUUAUUAAAAAUGGGUUGUUCUCCAAGUUCAAUGACGAGAAGCUCAGCUCCUGAUUCUGGAGAGACAACUGCCGCAGCUGGUACUGUGGCUACAACUAGUGAAAAAGAUGGAAAUUUAUUUUUUUGCAUUAAACUGCGUAGGUCGCGUUUACGGCGAUGCAGUCAACAAAAUGGUGCAGAAGGUAGCGGCGAAAGUGGUACUGGAAGCGGAAGUGCUGUAGCGAACGGAGAUGAUAUGUGUAAUCAGGCAUUGCUAAGUCCUCUACAAAUAAAAGGUGAAGCCGAUUUUGAAAAGGUGAGUUGA